AUGUUUGUGCACGGUGUUAGAGGUGCCGGCACCUUGACGUCCGAAGACGAAUCUGACGAUGAUAGCACUGAUGAUUUGUUAAUGCGAAGACGUGAAGAAUGCGAACGCAAAGCCCGGCGAGGGGAAAUGGACCCCAGGCUAGAAUUCACCUUCCAAAUCCUAAUAGACGCCACCGGAUUGCCGCGCCACGAAAUCAUGGAUCACGUUUUCGAGGGCGACAUGCUUGACGAAAUCAACCAGCUCUUUCUUCCUCACAUGAAGACGAAGCUAGUUUGGUUCUACCAGGACAUGCUGGAUACCGAGGCCAUGGCGUCGGUGGAGCCUUGCAAACCCAGCACCAGCAGACAGCUACAGCCCAGCACUAGUAGAGCAGCCCUGAUGCCGAAUGUUGCACCGAUUUACAAGAAAAAGUUGUUUUUGACUGAUGUUUGUGAAGAAGUUGCCAACGAAGGAAAUCUCUUCGACGAUGGUCAAGUGAUGAUGAGAAAAAUGCACUCAGAUGAAAUAAAGGAAAUGGCCAAGGUACCUGAUCAAGUACAACCUUUGGAAGAACGCGUGAAAAGUUGGUGCAAAAGGCUGGACGAAAUUCUAAAAGAAAGCGAACAAAUAAGACGGGAAAAUGACUCGUCGGGUCCUCAAGACGAGCUGGAAUACUGGAAAAAGCGCGGAGCGCAAUUUUCUCAAAUAGUCAACCAAGUGAAUUCCAGGGAAGUUCAAAUGACUAUUUUGUGUUUGAAAAUUGCCCGUUCGAAAUUGCUUAAGGAAUGGAAGGAAACUGACAAGAAAAUUACUUUUUGCUAUAACGAAUCUAAAGAUAAUGCUAAGUUUAUACAAGCAUUAGAAACAAAGUGCCAUUCAUUGUAUUUGGAUGAUCCUGUUAAAAUGAGGGAUUGUAUAAUGGGGCUAUUACAAACGGUUAAACUUAUACAUAAUGUGUCACAAUUUUAUAAUACUUCUGAGAGGUGUUCAGCCUUAAUGGUCAAAAUAACUAAUCAAAUGAUUGAAACUUGUAAAGGCUAUAUAAAUUGUAGAGGCCAAGAAACUAUAUGGUCUCAAGAAAGGGCUUUAAUGAAAGACAAAUUGACUCAAUGUAUAAUUUUGAAUAAAGUCUACAGGAAAACUUAUCAUAUAGUUAAGGCUCAAACUAUUCUACCAUCUACAAGGCCAUUUAACUUUUCUGAAAAUUAUAUAUUUGGAAAAUUCGAUGCUUUUUGUAGACGACUAGCAAAGAUUAUAUCAAUGUUUGAUUUAAUUGAUGAUUAUUCUGGCCUGUUUCAACGGAGAAUGGAAGGUCUUUUGUUAGGAGACGCUCUCGAUGAAGCAAUUCAAAAUUUCACCGAAAUCAAAUCAAUAGUAAUGAACAAACAAUACGAUUACCUCGAUCAAAGAAACGGCGACUUCGAAACCGACUUCAAAAACUUCCUGGCACACACCGACGAACUGAAGGACAAAAUCGCCGACACAAUCGAAAGGAAUUUCGAUAGUGUUUGGGAAACACCUCAGGGAAUCAGAUUUCUGACGCGGUUCGAAAAAGUCAGCGAGAAAAUACCUCUGGCCAAAAUGGAGGAGAAAUACGACAGGAUUUUGAAGUAUUGCGAAAAAGAAGUCGAUAGGAUUAUACGGAUGUAUAAGAAGCAGAAAGACGAUCCACCUGUUCCUAGGAUGUUUCCACCUAUUGCAGGUCGUAUAAAAUGGGCUCGUUGCCUAGCAGCUCACUUAGAAGAACUGCUAUCCAACGUCACUACUCAUCACAUAAUGAAAAACCUUCCAGCCACUGUGGAACUUUCCAGAAGACAUAAGGCAGCUGAAAAUAUGUUUAAAACUUACGAAACUGAUAUGGUUGCCUUAUGGAUGAACCAACACGUUUCAGAUGCUGAUGGUUGUUUAACUAAACACCUUCUAGCCGUUUGUCCAGAAAAACAAAAAAUCAAAGUCAACUUACACACGACGAUACCGUUACUUAUAAGAGAAGCCGACUUGAUGAUUAAAAUGGACUUACCGGUACCAAUGGUGGCUCUUACCUUGUACACCAAAAACGACCAUUUCACUUUGGUCAAAGACUCUCUACAAUUUUUGAUAAACGAUUUUCUGAAGGCGGUUAAAAACGUCAAACUGGAAGUGAGACCUUUGUUCUUGCCUCAUCUCAUCAAACUGUCAAACAAAAUCGAACCGGGACUGAGCCAGCUGGAUUGGGUUAGCGCCGAUUGGCAAAGUUAUGUGGAUUCGGCUAAUUCUGCGAUAAAAAACUUCAAAAUUUUGGUAAGAAUUGUUCAGUUUGGAUGA